UACACUUGAGGUCGUCACCAUCAUUAAUUAUUACCGUGAGAUGUGAAAUAUUUGAUAAAAAUUGUGGUUUUGUGCAGAGCUAAGCUUAUUAAGAAUGCAUACAGAUUAAACAAUGAAUUAGCUCAACAAUUAAACGUGAGAAUUACAUAAAUCAUACGGCGACGAGUGCUUGAACUUGAUAUUUAAAAAUAUUUUAUUGUUUGUGUUAUUUUCGUCGAAGUGUUGGACAACUUGGCGCAAGUAUUUUAUUAAAGUUUAUUGUUUUGAACUUUUCAAGUUUUGGGUUUGGCCAAAUUUUGUGGAGCAGCGUUCCACUUAUGCGUUGUCAAAAAGUAACUAAACUAUACGUUUUCAUUGAUUAAUCAGAUGAUCUUAUUUACGAAAAUAUUUUAAUAGGAAAAUAUUUUAAUGGAACUCAAUGACUACAACACAAUUUAAGAUGUAUUUAAGGAUAUUUUCAGUAUUGAUUAUAACAGGGACCGUGGCAGCGCAACUGAAAGGUCCUAAUGUCUGCACUAGACAAGAACCGUAUACGACGAUAAUACGAGUAUCCAAACAACAACCUUAUCAGGUGAAGGAAAAAGCAUGGUGUUUCAGUAUGCUGCCCAGGUGUACUAAAUACAGUAUUAAAUUCCGGCAAGUGUUCAGAACUGAGACACUCACGAAAUAUAGACUAGUCGAAGAGUGUUGCGAGGGCUAUGCGCCGGACGCUGACGACGAACAGUGCGUGCCUGUGUGCGUGGAGUCGUGCGUGCACGGUAAAUGUGUCGCGCCGAACACGUGUACGUGUGCUCAUGGAUAUGGGGGCCCGUCGUGCGAUAUAUCUUGUCCCAAUGGUAAAUGGGGUCGGAAUUGUCAGAACGAUUGCCGUUGUCUUAACGGUGGUACGUGUGAACCUUUGACCGGGGACUGCGCCUGCACGCCCGGGUGGAGAGGCGACGCCUGCGAGCGCGCCUGCUCACCUUCUACGUACGGACACAAAUGUGACGAGAUAUGCCAAUGCAAAAACAACGCGACCUGCGAUCCAUCUUCGGGAGCUUGUAACUGCAGACCAGGCUUCACUGGGCCUUUAUGUGAGCAAGAAUGUCCCGUACCGGGUGAAGCUUGUCCCCAAAACUGCCGGUGCCAAAAUGAUGGACAAUGCAAGAAAUUCACAAACGACUGCGAGUGUACUGCCGGCUGGACUGGAGAUGUUUGUGCCAACAGAUGUCCUGCAGGUCGAUGGGGAGAAAAAUGUGAGAGACCCUGCGAGUGUGCUAAUGGCGCUAGUUGUCAUCACGUUACAGGAAAAUGCCAAUGUGAAGCAGGCUUUACGGGGGAGAAGUGUUUGGAUAUAUGUCCUAUUGGUACGUACGGCGUGGACUGUGCGCACACGUGCACGUGCGAGCACGGCGGCGCGUGCGCGGCGCAGAACGGCUCGUGCACGUGCCGGCCGGGGUGGCGCGGCCCGCACUGCCAGCUGCGGGCCUGCGACGACGCCAAGUGGGGGCCGCACUGCGACAAAGACUGCGACUGUAAUCCUGAGACAACUGAUUUGUGCGACCCGUGGACCGGCACGUGCGAGUGCGCAGCGGGGUGGGGGGGCGACACGUGCUCGCGACAGUGUCCACUGCUCACUUACGGCAAGGGGUGCCGCUCUACAUGCCGUUGCGAAAACAACGGCCUCUGCUCGCCUAUCAAUGGUUCGUGCCUGUGUGCCCCGGGGUACCGCGGUCUCCACUGCGAGGAGAAGUGUCCCUACCCGCUCUACGGAGAUAACUGCGCUGACACCUGCGACUGUCACAACAACGCCACCUGCUCGCACGAGACGGGACAGUGCAGCUGCAAACCAGGAUUCGAUGGCUUGAAAUGCGACCGACCGUGUAACGGUAAAACAUUUGGACUGUACUGCAGACAGCCGUGUGACUGUGAGAACGACGCGCCGUGUAACCCAGUGACCGGGGAGUGCGUGUGCGGGCCGGGGUACACGGGCGCGCGCUGCGAGCGGCACUGCGAGCCCGACCACUUCGGCCAGGGCUGCUCGCAACCCUGCAACUGUUCCCGCCACGCGGUGCGCUGCCACCACGUCACCGGGGACUGCAUCUGCGAAGACACCUGGAGAGGAGUCCGUUGCGAGACGCAGUGCUCGGCGGGCACGUUCGGCGCCGCGUGCUCGGAGGCGUGCCGCUGCGCGAACAACUCGUCGUGCGCGGCGGACUCUGGGCGCUGCGUGUGCGCGGCCGGCUGGACGGGCGAGCGCUGCGACCGGCCCUGUCCCGAGCGCACGUACGGCGCCGGCUGCACGCAGCGCUGUCCCCACUCGCUGCCCGGUAUUCUUUUUUUCUCCUACCUAUGCUGA